GGAAAAGGAAAAUGGCCAGCAUCAAUUGGAGGCAUCAACAUAUGAUCCUGCCAACAUGGUCGAAGAUGAGCCGCUAACAUGGAGAUUUUGGCGCAAACGUCGUUACAUUGUGGUCUUGUUGGCCUUCUUCGGUUUCUUCAAUGUCUAUUCGAUGCGUGUCAAUUUGAGUGUGGCCAUUGUGGCGAUGACAGAAAAUCGCACCGUAAUCGACGAGAAUGGCAAUGAAUCAUGGGAACAAGAUUUCCCCUGGGAUUCGAAACAGAAGGGUCUGAUUUUGAGUUCAUUCUUCUACGGUUAUAUUUUGACACAAUUCUUGGGUGGAUUUAUCGGAGCAAAGAUUGGUGGUAAUUUGGUCUUUGGUAUUGGCAUUGGAGCCACGGCGAUAUUGACACUCUUCACACCUUUGGCAGCCAACCAUAGUUUGGAAACCUUGUUGGUUGUGCGCAUUAUCGAAGGUAUUUUUGAAGGUGUCACAUUCCCCUGUAUUCACGCCGUAUGGUCACGCUGGUCGCCACCCCUCGAAAGAUCUCGUAUGGCUUCCAUUGCCUUUGCGGGUAAUUAUGCUGGUACCGUCAUAGCUAUGCCUUCAUCGGGUCUCCUCGCAUCGGCAUAUGGUUGGGAAAGUGUUUUCUAUGUCUUCGGUGCCAUCGGUUGUCUCUGGCUUAUUCUAUGGUUGUUGAUUGUACGCUCUGGACCCGAUAAGGAUCGUUUCUGUUCGCCCAAUGAACGUGACUAUAUUAUGAAGUCAAUCGGUGUUGUCGGUCAGCGUAACAUCAAACAUCCAUGGAAGGCGAUAUUCACAUCACUGCCAUUUUAUGCUAUAAUAGCAUCACAUUUCUCGGAAAAUUGGGGUUUCUAUACCUUACUGACUCAAUUGCCAUCGUUCUUGAAGGAUUCCCUCAACUUUGAUUUGGACAAAACUGGUUUCCUAUCUGCCGUACCGUAUCUUGCCAUGGGUAUCCUAUUGGGUGUAUCGGGUUAUUUGGCCGAUUGGCUGCAAGUCAAGGGCAUUUGGACAACCACCCAAGUCAGACGUAACUUCAAUUGUGGUGCCUUCUUGGCCCAAACAGUUUUCAUGGUGCUCACAGCCUAUUUGUUGGAUCCCACCUGGUCGGUAGUUUGUAUUACCAUUGCUGUGGGCCUGGGUGCAUUUGCCUGGUCUGGAUUUGCUGUCAACCACUUGGAUAUUGCACCACAACAUGCCAGUGUCCUGAUGGGUAUCGGUAACACCUUUGCCACCAUACCCGGUAUUGUCAGUCCAAUGUUGACCGGUUAUUUGGUUGUGAAUCAAACCAGCGAGGAAUGGAAGACAGUCUUCUUUAUUUCUGCCGGUAUUUAUCUAAUUGGCUGUGUUAUCUAUUGGAUGUGGGCAUCGGGUGAAUUACAAGAAUGGGCCAAGACCGAUGAACAAAAGGCACUGGAAAUGACACACAAAGCCGCCAAUGGCAACAAUAAUGCCUACGUCAAUGAGGCAUUGGAUGUCAAGGAAGAGACGAAGUGA